GUCGUGUCUGGUCCCGUGGUGACCCAUGCCUCAGACGUUGUUGGCCAUGUCCGAGCAGUGGUAGAGCCAUACUUUGAAGAUAUCAUCUUGGACUCAGGAGCCGACAUCAGUGCACUUCCAGACUCAUAUGCAUCCGUUGGUGAAGCUGAUGGGCCUCUCACUCAGAAAUUCGUUGAUGCCUCUGGUCGUCUGUUGAAGUCCAAGGGCGUGCGCGUUGCCGAGGUUCAGAUUGGGUCUUUGAGAUUUAAGGAACGGUUCCUUGUUGGAGGAGUCACUUGUCCGCUGCUCUCGCUUGGCAAGCUCUACAAAGCUGGGUUUUAUGUGGUUCCUGCCUCCAACAGCCCUGACGGCUUCGUGUUGACGAAUGGCGACGUGCGAGAGCCUGUUAAGCUGAAGCGGCAGUCGCUGUGUGCAUCAGGGAGCGUGUGUGUACUCCAUGAGCAGCCCCCAGCCGUUCGUGUCAUUGAACAUGUGACUCUCGAAGAUCCGUUGCGCAGGCUCGAUGCUUCCGGCUGGCAGCGCAUAGGCCACAGGUGCUACGCUUUGUUGAGCUUCGGCACGUCCUUUGUGGACACUACUCUUGUGCCGUUGUCUGAGUUGCUAUGGUACCGCACAACGCUUGCGCGUAGAGCCGGAGAGUGGUCUCUCCUCGAGUUUGCCGAGGAUGUGGCUUCAUUGGCCAACCGGACCUUGCCGUUUGAGCAUCAGGAUGUUGAGCAAACAAUCACGAUUGCUCAUGAUGAUAAGAUGUUGAGCCCUCGCCAGAUGGGUUUUUCCACGCCUGAUGCUGUGCGUGAACAUGCCACCGAGGAGUCAGCAGCCGCCACUGAUUCCCCUGCGCCUGUUGCUGAGGCAUCAGGUGAUGCAAUGCAGGAUGAUGGCGGUGGUGUAGGUGAGAUGCCUCAUGACCCACGACAGUCGGAUGAUCAAGCCGCGCCAGUGGCACCAGAGGGCGGUGAGGCGCCCCCGGCUGAGCGCGAUGCAAUCGAAACGGUGACUGUCAGUGGUGUUGUCAUUGAUCGCAAUUCUUCGUUGCGAGUCAUGCGUGCUGCGCUCGUGUCCCUCGGCCUUGGUAAGAACGGCUCCAAGAGCCAGUGCUGGGAACGGUUGGUUCGCCACAUCCGUGAGGCAGAGCUGCUUCGAGAGCACCAGGUUGAUCACACUCUUCGUGCCGAGACGAGCCGCCCACCGUUGGCUCCUCCUGCCUCCCGAUUUGUGCUUUGGACCGGCCAUCGGUCGCUGCGGCUCAGAUGUGACAACGAGCCGGCCAUCCUGGCAGUUCAAACCGGGUUGAUGAAGUCUCUGAGGAACCUUGGCAUAGAUGUCUCGCGUGACAAUGCGCCAGUUGAGUCGCAUCAGUCCAACGGCCCGGUGGAGCAGGUGGUGUGCAGUGUGCGCCAGCAUGCUGCUGCUUUAAUGCAUGACCUGGAGAAGGCUUGCGGUGCCUCUGAUGGCCAAGUGCUGUUCCCGCCUCAGCACCCAAAUUAUGGAUGGUCGCUUUGCCAUGCCUGUUGGUUGAGGAAUCGCUACACGCCCAUGCAUGGUGUCACGCCAUAUGAAGCUGUGACGGAUUCUGUUUACAGUGGCACCAUUUGCCGGUUCGGCGAGAAAGUGCUGGGCUACCUCAAGCCCGAUGGGAAAUCGUCCGCUCGAUGGCGACAUGGAUUGUGGCUUGGCAAAGCUGUUGGCACUGACACGCACAUUGUUGGAGUGCCUGGUGGUGUGUUUGUUACUCGCUCCGUGCGCCGCUUUAGCGACAACUUUGAUGCAGAUCUUGCUGCAAGCUUCGAUGUGUGUGUUUGGGAGCACGGCCUUUCUUCCAUCGGUGGCAAGCUUGUACUUGGGCGAAAGAAACCUGCAGCCCCUGUGGCUGUGCCUGUGCCAGCCUACGUCGGCCCUAGGCCACCUGAUGUUGCAAUUCAGCCUGAAGCUGAAGCCGGAGCCCCACCGUCGCCUUCGCAAGUUGCAGGCAGUGAUUCUCCUGUGUCUCCUCGACCGAGCUCGCUGUACAAUCCUUCACUUACCUCGAGCCCGCAAGAUGAUGAUGCCUCUUUGCAAGGUGAUGCGGGGAUUGCGAGCGAGGCGGGGAUACCUGAUCCACUACAAGCACUCAGUGGCCGAGAAGCGGGGAACGCUCCGGCCCCAGUGAUCGCUGACCAGCUGGCUUUGAGCGAGAACCCUCGCCCUGUGAAGGCUGCACGAAGGUCUGAGACUACACACCCGAGUGGUGCUGAUGUUGAGAUGGCCCCUGAAGGGCAAAUUUCUUUGGUGGCCCUAGACGGUUGCAGUGUGGAUGAGUUCUGCCGAGGCGAUGUGCUUGUGGCCUCUGGUGAAGAGACGCCUUGUGCGGUGCACAUCAUGCAAGUGAGCUAUGAACAUGAAGAUGAAAAUCAUGUUCUGACGUUCGAUGGCGACACAUUGGAAGAGCUCGAAGAUUACGAUGGAAAGACGUCCGAGAUUGAACCUAGUCUCUCAGGGGACGCGUUGGCCGUUCUCGACGAGUUGGCCGAUGCUGUCGAGAUUGACCGCCUGAAGAAGAUGUCUGUUCUUCUUCCAGAGGAUGCCGCCUCUGGAGAGCAGUACACGGGGCAAUCGCCCACAAAGCUCACGACGAGGAUGGUUCGCACGUGGAGGGAAAAGACAGUCGGCAACGAGGCAGUGUGGUAUAGAAGAAGUAGGUACGUGGCCAGGGAAUACUCCUGGUUGAAUGUCCGCCACGACCUCUUCGCGCCAGCCUCUACUGCAGUUUCGAAUCGACUACUCCCUAUUCGCUUUAUGAGCCACGAGCAGGACGCAAGCGACCCCUGGAUUAUGGCGUCAAUGGACAUAAGCGACGCAUACCUCAGCGUCCCCCAAACCAGACUUGUGAUCGUCCAACACGCGGGCGUCAGCUAUGUGCUUGGUCGGGUAUUACCCGGACAACGGGACGGAUCGAAAGCUUGGUAUGAGUCGUUCUCGGCAUUUUUGGAAGAAGCGUUAGGCUUUGAGAAAUGCCCGGCGCUGCCGUCGCUCAUCAAAGAAUCCACCACCCAAUUCGCGAUGCAGCUACAUGUUGACGACAUGUUGGCAGUGGGCAGCAGACGCUACCUUCUUGAGAAGCUGAAACCCACUCUUGAGUCCAAGUACCGCGUGAGCAUCAACAUUUUGGAAGGCCCGGGAGACUGCAUUUCUUUUCUGAAAAGACAUCACACGUUGCUGCAUGACGGCCGGAUGCUGUUGACUCCUUCUGCAAAGCAUUUUGAGAAGCUGUUUAAAGUGAUGAAGGUUGAUGAGCGCAGUGCACCCAAGAAGACGCCGUAUGCGUCCCUUCUUGACGAGGUUGACCAAAGUGCGCCGUUGAAGGCAGAGGAGGCUAAGGCUUUCAGGUGCGCCAUUGGCAUCCUUUUAUAUCUUGCUGUCGACCUCAUUGAGUGUCAAGGGGCCAUCCGUGCUUUGAGCAGUUCCAUGUCGUCGCCCACCAAGAAUGCACAAACGGCUUUGAGACAUUUGCUAAAGUACCUUCUGGAUGGACAGCAUCAUGGGUUGAUGUUGUGCCGUGACAAUGUCCACUGUGGCCGAUCAGGUGAGCUUUCUCCAUCGACCUCGCGAGCCAUGUGCAUCGAGUCUUACUCUGAUGCAGAUUGGGCAACGCACAAGGGCAAUCGCCGAUCGGUGAGCUCGAGCAUGGUCUUCGUGUCUGGCUGCCUCCUCUACAGCAGUGCCAGAACCCAACGGGUAAUUGCCCUCAGCAGCGGUGAAGCGGAAUUACUCUCCGCCACCUCGUCCUUGUGCGACGCACUUUUCGUGCGGCAGCUUGUGGCCUUUCUAUGUGACUGUGAACCUCCGGCAGUCCAUCACUUCACGGAUGCCACUGCAGCAAAGUCCAUGAUGGAGCGCAGUGGGGUAGGUCGAGUGCGUCACCUCUCGGUGCGCGUACUCUGGACGCAACAGCUUGUGUCAGAGAAGACCGUGAUCUUGCACAAGGUUGGUACCAGUACCAACGUGGCAGACCUGAAUACCAAAUCCCUGUCACGGCACCGCAUGUUGAUGUUGCUCAACCUACUUGGAGGAUGGGACACCCUCCUUGAGCGCCCUGUCGGCGAAGAUGAGAUUGCCGAGUUUGAGUACAGACAGGCCAUGAAGCAAGCUGUUCGUGCUGUGAGGACCACCACCUCAGGUCCCGUGAGCAAGCAAGUGCUUCGAGGCAUCGUGCUCGCCGUCGCAAGCGCCUUGGGCAAGGCCGCGGACGACUCAAGUGGUGACGGCGACUUUAACGAUCGGGACGUGGAGCUUCCUGAGUGGGCCAGCCGAGUACUUGUUUGGGUCCUAGGCUUGUGGGUGCGCGAUGAUAGUGGCAUGUCCAUUGUGGACACGGUGAUGAAUCACAUUGUCACCGUUUGCAUUUGCGUUUUGCUUCUUGCACUUUGCGUGUACAUGUGUUGCUUUAGGAGCAGACCUGAAAGACAUGUGCAAGUGCAUAUUGCAGAUCCGGGGCACACCGGCUCAGUGUCCGUACGCUUCAACCAAGAUCUGAAUGUCCAUGUUGGUGUAGCCGCCCCCGGAACUCCUGCAAAUCCGUAUGCCUUUACCAGUGAUGAGGAACAGGCGAGCCCUCCGCAUGUGCUUUCAGCUGCGCGCAAAGGUGCAAGGUCCAAGGCUGUUGCCAAGCCGGGCCCUAGGUGUGCCGAGCAGGCUUCGUCGAGUGAGGCGCCUGGUCCAUUUGCACGUGGACCUUUGCAUGACGUACCUGUUGCUCCUGUGCCAGCGCCAGCGCCAGCGCCCGUGACGCCGCAAAGCAGUUCCGAGUUGUCAACGCAAUCUUUCAGAGAUUUGAAUGGCUUUCCGAUUGCCAGGGCACGAAGGAUGCAGCACCCCAACACUUGCGUUUGGACAACUGUGUAUGGCAGGUGCUACCAUAAGCUGUCGUGCUUCAAGCUUGACAACUGUGACAGAGUCAAGCGUCAUGAGCGUGCAGAUGCCAUCGCCCGAGGUUACCGCCCCUGCAAGAAGUGCAAUCCUUGA